AUGUCCUAUCCGCCACCUCCAGGUCUCGGUGCUUCCGACCCAGAACGCCCAGCAGGCCUUCCUGCUAAGCCUCCGCCAUCGUCCAACGCGCCCUCGAAGGCAAGUGGCUUCAAGCCCGCUUUUUCGUUCGCACCCCGAGCAGUCGCGCAGACCCAACGCACCCAGAGUCCAGCACAGUACGUGUCGCCGCCAGUUCCUUCAUACAACUCGCCCUCGCCAUACCAACCGGCGUCAGGGCCCGGCUCUUACAGCCAACCGUCCUACGAUGCUGCUCCCCAAAUCCACAACCCGUUUCCCGCGCCAGGUACAGCCGAAGCAGCGAGCUUCGCUGCUGCAGCCAAUUACGAUCCCGAAUACGAGGCUCAGAUAGCUCAAUGGCAGUCAGCAUACGUCAGCAAAGAUGGAGAGAAGCCACGUCUCCCUGGCCAGUCUGCAUCGGCGGCGGCCGCUGCAGCUGCAGCUCCUUCGCGAACAGACUCGCCAGCCUCCAAGCAUGAGACUCCCAAGACAGUCCAACGGACUGGAGGCGGUACAAGCUGGCAGGACUCCUCUCUAUUAGAAUGGGACCCGGCCCACUUCCGCAUCUUUGUGGGCAACCUCGCAGGUGAGGUGACCGAUGACUCGUUACUUAAAGCAUUCGCGAAAUACGAAUCUGUACAAAAGGCCAGAGUGGUGCGAGACAAGCGCACCACCAAGUCGAAAGGCUUCGGUUUUGUCAGUUUCAAGGAUGGAGAUGACUAUUUCCAGGCUGCUCGUGAAAUGCAGGGCAAAUACAUUGGCAGUCACCCCAUUUCAAUCAAACGAGCUACGACCGAGGUACGACCUACCACUGUUCAAGAUCGCAAGGGCAAGAACAGGAACAAGGGUGGCAAAGUUGAGCAUGGUGGAAUCAAGAAGAAGGGUCACGACAAGACAAAGAACGGAUUGAAGAUUCUCGGCUGA